AUGCAAAUCGCCGAAGUCCUCUCCGACCUAACCUCCCUUCGCGUCUGCGACCCCGCCGCCGCCCUCGCCCUCGUCUCCGUCACGACGACGACGACUGGCCCAACUACAUCCUCCGCGGACGAGACGAAGACUGCCGCUGGCGACGCCAACGAAACCAAAGACUCAUCCGAUGACUCCGACGACCCGGACCUGCAGCGGGCGCGCGACCUGCUAGCGCUGCACGCGGUGUUCAAGCAACAGCAAGGCGGCAGUGGUGGCGGUCCGGCGGCGGAGCUGCAAGGGUUGAGGGAGCAAGUAAGGAUGGCCAUGGCCAUGGCGACUUCUGGUGCUUCGGCUGGGGUGGUGGAAGGAGAGAGUCACAAGCAGCAGGACGAAGAGGAUGAUGGGGAGGGCUUUGAGGAUUGGGCUUAA